GCAGAGCUCUCCAGUUGCGUUUAAAGCUUCAGGGGGGCGCGGACACGGCAGCGCGCGCGCACGCAGUGAAGAGAGAGAGAACGAGAGAGCGCGAGAAAGAGCAAGUGACAGAGUGAAACUGAUCGGGCAAACGAGACUUUUGCUUUUUUUUGUUCUACGCGGGUCCGACCGACCUCAUGUGACGGACAAGCAAAAAGGAAAAUUUAACUCUACAGCGAGUUUUUCCCUUUUUUUUUGUUUUUUGAAGACGCAUUUCGCUCCGGUAGAGCGGUACAGUUAUCAUGGGAGGCAAUCCAAGCAGCGCAGCCGCGUGGAUGCUCGCUUUCACCUUUCUGUCACUGCCCGUCCUGCCAGCACUCGCCGCGGGCAGGACCAUGAAGUACCAAACACACGAAGAGGACGCACCGGCGACCGUCAUCGGAAACCUGGCAAAGGACAUGGCACAAAUUCCCUCUACUGGCUCCAAGGCCAAUUUCAGGAUGAUGAAACAGUUUAACGCUUCUUUUAUCCGGCUGCGCGAGAGCGACGGGCAGCUCACCAUCGGGGAGCGAAUCGACCGGGAGAAGAUCUGCAAGCACACGACUCAGUGUCUCAUCGCUUUCGACGUGGUGAGUUUCUCUAAAGAACAGUUUAAACUGAUACAUGUAGAAGUGGAGGUGAAGGACAUCAAUGACAACUCUCCCGAGUUUCCCAGAAAGGAAUCCACUCUGGAAAUCUCAGAAAACACAGCAGUGGGUACACGGAUACCCCUGGAUGUGGCAGUGGAUGAAGAUGUGGGCACAAACUACAUUCAGAGCUACCAAAUCUCUGUCAACAGCCACUUCACCAUUGACAUGCUGAGCAGAGCUGAUGGGGUUAAAUAUGCGGAGCUGGUGUUAAUGAAAGAACUGGACAGGGAGGCACAGGCGUCCUUCAUCCUGGAACUGGCCGCGACUGACGGAGGUAACCCGCCACGGUCUGGCACCACAAAGAUCAACAUCAAGGUGAAAGACUACAAUGACAACAGCCCCGUCUUUGACCGCAACAAUUUCUCAGUUGAAAUACCAGAGGACGCACCAGUGGGAUUCCUGCUGCUCGAUCUGAAUGCUGUCGACCCGGACGAGGGCAUGAAUGGGGAAGUUGUUUAUGGGUUCAGCAAUCAAGUGCCAUCAGAGAUCCGGCAGCUUUUCAAAGUGGACAGAAAAUCUGGCCGCCUAACCCUGGAGAGUCAGAUCGACUUUGAAAGCAAAACAACAUAUGAGUUUGAUGUUCAGGCAUCUGACUUGGGUUCUAACCCCAGCCCACCGACUGUCUGCAAAAUCAUUGUGCAGGUGCAGGAUGUAAAUGACAAUGCACCAGAAAUCACCAUCACCCCGAUGACCUCCAUCACAGCAGGAAUUGCACAUAUCACAGAGGCAGCCAGCAAGGACAGCUUUGUGGCACUGAUCAGCACCACAGACAGGGACUCAGGUGCCAAUGGCCAGGUUCACUGCACACUGUAUGGGCACGACCACUUCAAACUCCAACAAGCUUAUGAGGACAGCUAUAUGAUUGUGACCACAGCUGCUCUUGACAGAGAGAAAAUUGCAGAAUAUAAUUUAACUGUGGUGGCUGAAGACCUUGGCUCCCCCCCUUUCAGAACAAUUACACAGUACACCAUUAGGCUAAGUGAUGAAAAUGACAAUGCACCUAUGUUUAGCAAACCAAUCUAUGAAGUUUCUAUAGUGGAAAACAAUGCACCAGGUGCAUACAUAACCACAGUGGUGGCCAGGGACCUGGACUUGGGGCAAAACAGCAAAGUCAGCUAUAAACUUGCAGAGACCUAUGUUAUGGGUUCUCCAGUAUCAGCAUUCGUCUCUCUGGACCCUGCCACAGGCUCCAUCUACGCUCUUCGGAGUUUUAAUUAUGAGGUUUUAAAGCAACUUGAUCUGCGAAUUCAAGCAAGUGAUGGUGGGUCGCCACAACUCCAUGGAAGUGCAACGGUCAAUCUGCGUAUAGUUGAUCAAAAUGACAAUGCUCCCUCUAUCACACAGCCAGUGCUUAAUAAUGGCUCCGCAGAAGUUCUCCUGCCAAAAGAUGCCCCUUCGGGGUAUGUGGUAACCCAGAUAAAUGCCCGGGAUGCUGAUGAGGGCGUUAAUGCAGAGCUGUCCUACAAAAUCACCGCAGGUGAAAUCUCAGUGUUUUCCAUCAACAGAGCCACUGGGGAGAUCUACCUUAACCGUGAGCUGAACUACGAAGUUGACGAGAGCCUAAAAGUCACAGUAACUGUGAGCGACAAUGGGAGACCUUCACUGACUUCGACGGCCACCAUCCGCUUUACCAUCAUUGCAGGAGCACCCCCUAAUGAGCGAAAUAUAUUCCGACGAGGCAGCGAAGAUGAUGAAGUUCAUGAGUGGGACCUCUCCAUUGUUAUCAUUGUUGUUCUGGCAGGAAGCUGCACAUUGCUGCUCUUAGCCAUCAUUGUAAUUGCAACAAGUUGCAACAAGCGGAAGCUGGACAAGCGGCGGGAUGGCUUUCACUCUGAAAAGGAAGACGGCAUGAACCUGGAGGGAGGGAAAAACAACAGUGACCCCCUCAUACCAGUCCAUGGCGAUGGCGUAUUUGAUGUAAACCCGUACACCAACAAACCCAGCUUCUCUGGUUCCAUUCAAGCGGGAAGUGACAUGUGCUGCAGCUCUGAGGAUGGCACAGAGACCACCUGCGUGUACGAAUCAGAAAACAAAAGCCGUGGAGCAAAACUUGAGGGAUAUUCAACUCUGCCUGGCUAUGGCAAAGAACCCGUGAGGCCAAUUACAAUAUGGAAAGGCAACUCUUACACCACAGUUUCUGCAAGGGAUCCUCAGUUCAGCGGGAAAGACAGUGGGAAGGGAGACAGCGAUUUCAAUGACAGUGAUUCAGACAUCAGUGGUGAUGGUCUGAAGAAAGAUGGACACCAAAACAAUGCUCAAAAUGCUCUGUGGGCAUGUACCAGUGAGUGCAAGAUCCUUGGCCACUCCGACCGUUGCUGGAGCCCAACCGCCACUAGGGCGAGCAACAGCUCUGCAAAGACCGGCUCACUUCCCAGAGACUCUGUCAGGAGGGAGAACUACUACCAGGCCCACAUACCAAAAACAGUGGGCCUUCAAAGUGUCUACGAAAAGGUUCUGCACAGAGAAUAUGACUAUGUAUUAGUUCCCCCACCACAGCCAAUCAGGGUACGAGAGAUCAAUGAUGUCACCAUCCCAGUGUAUUCGCCAACAACAACACCACUCUGUCCCACGGAUGAAGUGUGAGAAGCAACACAGCCCUUGAAUAAUAAAGACUAUCAAUGGCUGUUAUUAACACUGCACUCUACGGCAACUGUUUAAAAAUGUAUAGGUAUUAAAAAUGUUUAUGUAUUUAAGAAAAACGCAUCUUUCCUGUCAGUAUUGGUCUUUACCACAACUUUAAGCAAUCAGAUGACUUUGUUAAGAAUUCUGUGUAUAUUAUGCAAGUUUUUUGUAAAUACAGAGUUUAUUUUUAUAAUAUUAUUCCUAAGUAAAUCAAAAGAUACUGGAGAUACACUUUAUUUUAAAGCAUGUUCGUUAUUUAAAAAAGCCUAAGAUUUUAAAGUCCCAACCCCUAUACUUGUGUAAGGCUAUCUGAAUGCAAGAUGUACCUUUUUGAGCAAUUUCUUUCACUAUGUUAUAAAAAUAAACAAUGAACAUCAUUGAAAA